UUUGUGUUGUCGCAGCCGUUAAGAAGGAACUGAAUAACAGCGUGUGUGUAUGUGUGCACGCCUGGGUGGAGUACCAUUUCUUACUGCAUUAUCAUCAUCUGCUGCCCCUCCCCCCUCACCUUUCGCUCCUCCAACUGCAGCCAGAGGGAGCAUGCAGAGGAGAGGAGAGGAGAGGAGGGGAAGGGAGGGAGAAUGAAUGAAUCACUGAAUGAAGUGUAUUGUGUGCGGCCAUGCUUGCAUUUUGUCGGCCCCGCUAUGCCAAUGUCAUUUACUCAAAUUACCCUGUGUGUAGGCCCAGCAACUUGUUCUGAGGCCUUCUUUGUCAUGAAGCUUUUUGGUUAGUCUUUGUCCUCAUGUAAGAAGGAAUCCUGUUCGCAUUCUGGAACCAUCUGUAACGCAUUUCAGUCUUCACUUCAAAAUGGAAAGCACUUACUUGUUUUACAACUGCUGGGUGUUUGAACUUCCUUUGUUUAAUACGCAUGUUGCUAAAUGUCCGACAUCUCAGGAAGUGAUCCUUCAAUACUAGCUGUCGUCCCUCCUGUCCACUCUCCCUGUUACCUCUUGUCCCUUGUCCAAGUGGAUGUUCCAGCUCGUGCGCACACCUGUCACACAAGAGGAACAAUAUGGUGUGCAGUGGGCUGCUCUAAGCAGGAACGGAAUUUGGCUUUGCUGUUAAAAAAAUCCAAUCCAGUGCCCCUUAAUUUUCAGGGGCGACAUUGUUGUUCACGUCCUUUUGUUUGUGAUUUCUGAAAUGCAGCAUUUGUUGGCAAGAUGCUUUUGUUAGAAAGGUGCGUCUCUCAUGAAAGUGGGAAGGGGAGGGUGUGCAGAAAAAUAUGGACGAGGAACUCUCCCGCAUGAGAAUUUAGGUCAUGACUCAGACCCUGUCAUGAACCCCUCCCCUUUGCCUCCCCUCUUGAGACCCUGCAGAUUUCUACCCCCCAGCCACCGCACUCCCAGUCGCCUCUUCCCCACCCCAUCCCUACUCCCAUGCAUGUCCCCCAUACAUAGUGAGGUAGGUCAAAUUCUUAGACUGAAAGGUCAGAGGAAAAAAGUUUUUAAAUUUUUUUCUUGAUAACUCUAGAAUCCCUUUACAAACCACAUCUGCCAUUUCUAAGUGAUUAUAUGGCAGAUAUACAGCAGUUAAAUCGAUAAAUACGAUGCAGAAUGCGCCUUCUGCUUUUUGCAUCCCGCGCCUUCCGGUCUUCGUCUCUUUCCGGCGCUGUGACAUCACACAAGCCAAACAUCCUGUUCAUUCGGCGUUGUGUGCUAUUGUUCCAUGCUGUUGUUCCCGUCCUUGUAUAUUUGUUGUCGUAUGAUUUAACGAUGUCACGAUGGUUUAUUGUUUGGCAUUUGGUUGUACAAAUGGUUCAGGUAGUGGCAAGAGUUUUUAAUUUUUUUUUUCAUUUUUUGGGCUUUCCAAGAGAAGAAGGAAUAUGUGACUAGUGGAUAGUGAAAGUCACUCGACAGGGGAAGAAACGUGGUCAGCUAUGGGUGCCUAGCAAGCAUUCCAAACUCUGUGCCAAUCACUUCGAACCAGCAUGUUUUGAAAAAGCAUUGGAUACACAGGUGUAGUUAGGCAGAGGCUGAAACCAGCUGCGGUGCCAACUAUAUUUCCUACGGCCAUCGGAACCUCCACCGCCAGCAAGAGAACUAAAUCUUGCAGCCACCACGAUACACCAGCGAAGCGGCGCAGACAAGAGGCAUCCGGCCCCCCAUCCUGAACGGGCCUAUGCAUCCACGGCCACUGGUGGCACUUUUGGAUGGGCGCGACUGUACUGUUGAAAUGCCCAUCCUCAAAGAUGUCGCUACUGUGGCCUUCUGUGACGCCCAGUCUACACAAGAAAUUCACGAGAAGGUGCUGAAUGAGGCUGUAGCCGCCCUGCUUUAUCACACCAUAACUCUGUCUAGAGAUGAUCUAGAGAAGUUUAAAGGCCUCCGAGUAAUAGUCAGAAUUGGGUCUGGCUUUGACAAUGUUGAUGUCAAAGCAGCUGCUGAGCUUGGUAUUGCAGUGUGUAACGUUCCAGCAUCCUCAGUGGAGGAGACAGCCGAUACUUCGCUAUGUUUGAUCCUCAACCUUUACAGGCGAGUCACCUGGAUGCACCAGGCUCUCCGGGAGGGAACUCGAGCCUCCAGUGUGGAGCAGAUCCGAGAGGUUGCUGGGGGUGCUGCUCGUAUUCGAGGAGAGACGCUGGGCAUCAUUGGGCUUGGGCGUGUUGGCCAAGCGGUGGCACUGCGUGCCAAAGCUUUUGGGUUUGGCGUGAUCUUCUAUGACCCCUAUUUGCCUGAUGGCGUGGAGCGCUCCCUGGGCUUGCAGCGCAUGGCCACACUCCAGGACCUGCUCAUCCACUCUGACUGCGUAUCCCUGCACUGCAGCCUCAAUGAGCACAACCACCACCUCAUCAAUGACUUCACCAUCAAGCAAAUGCGUCAGGGAGCUUUCCUGGUGAACACGUCAAGAGGCGGCCUAAUUGAUGAGAAAGCACUGGCUCAGGCCCUAAAAGAGGGCCGGAUACGAGGGGCUGCAUUGGACGUCCAUGAAAGUGAACCCUUCAGUUUUUCAACUGGCCCCCUUAAAGAUGCCCCAAACCUGAUCUGUACUCCACAUACAUCCUGGUACAGUGAGCAGGCUUCGGUGGAGGCUCGGGAGGAGGCAGCUCGGGAAGUGCGCCGUGCCAUUACUGGGCGUAUCCCGGAUAGCCUGAAGAAUUGUGUGAAUAAAGAGUAUCUGAUGGCAGCAUCUCAGUGGCCCAGCAUGGAGGCUGCCACUGUUCACCCCGAACUUAACGGAGCAACCUACAGAUUUCCUCCAGGUCUGAUCAAUGUUGCCACAGCAGGGGGUCUCCCGGGAGCUGGCGCUGGGGUCGAAAGCCUCGUUUCGGGAAACCUGGCUCACGGCAUAGCCCCCGUCUCUCACCCACCACACGCCCCUUCCCCGGGGCAGCCGACGAAGGCCGAAGCCGACAGAGACAUCCCCUCUGACCAAUAGCCCCCCUCGCCACCCAUAGUCACCCCCACCCUCCCGUUGACCCCUGCUGCCGCCAGCACAUUCCGUCACCUCUGGAAAACCAGGCUCUAAACCUGUCUUCCAGCAUCGGACACAGUUCGACUCCCCGAAUACCACGAAGACCUGAAGUGACUCCACAUGGUCUCACAUGACCAGCCCGGGACACAGCCCCACUUAAACCUGCAUCCAUCCUCAUUUCCCCGAUCCCACUCAGUCCCACUCCCUAAUGUCAGCAAUAACUUUCUUCUCAAGGAUUCAGUGAUCGGAUUGGUAUUUUUCUGUAGCUGGCUGUUGUUUCAAAGGAAAGUCGAUCCGUUGUGACUUUAGGUGUUGUUUAUAAAGGAAAAAAACAUUUCUGACAGCAAGGCUGCUUUCCAGUUGGCUGCAUCUUCUACUGAGGGCCAGUAGAGGUGCUCCGGCAGAAAGUGCCCCUUUGUCCGUGAAAGGCUCGUGUUACUGCUUUUGUCGACUUUUCUUUUCUCCCCCCGCCCUCCCUUUCCAGCCUACAUGUGACGAUAACAGAUCAUGUCUACUUAAAGAUAAACCAGACCCAAUCACAAAAAGCCUCACCUUCUGUCUAGUUUUGACUUUUUCCGCAUGUAUUUAAAGCCCCAGAGUUCAAUGAUGCCCUCGAUCCUCACUCUCCUCUUAGUUUGACAAAUUCACCUCUACUCGGAUCCACCCUGGGGCAUGAACUUUUGUCUCAUGCCCAGAAGCUCCAGCGUCACUAUGCCAUCAUGUGCUGCACGUAUGCGGGCCUCCCCUGCAGAGGGCGCCGCCUGACCAUUCAUUUCAAAUAAACGUGAAAGUCUCCAGUUUAAACUUUAGUAAAGCAAUGACCCCACACUGACCUAACCAGGCCGUACAUCCCACUACUGCCACCAUGCCCCCCAGCCCCUCACAUGCUCAUGAACCCAGUAUGCAUCCUUCCUUUAAACGUUUGGGGACAGUAGAGCUGAAUUCCUCAGUCGGAGCAAGGGGGACAUUAUUCUUGCAUGCUAGCUUUGUUAACGACAGUGGUGUGUACAAGAAUGUGUGUGCAGGAGUGUGUCCCUUUGCACCGUUUUCUUUCCAAAGGAAUAGUCCCUGCGUGUAACUCUUUAACGCUGUCGCUCUGGUGUCAAGGAAACACCUUUCUAGUACCUCAGUAACAGAUAUUGAAUGUACCGUGCAUACCCUUUUAUUUUUUUGUACAGAUUUUCUAGAUUCUUCUUACUGUUCUUUACCAGAAGGGUUGUGAUAUUGUAGCAGUAAUGACAAAAUGAGAAAUGGCCCCAGUCACAAAAUAAAGCGACACAUAGGUUCUCUCUCUCACUAUAGGUUACUGAAUACUCAGGCUUCGAAACCAAUGCUCGCCUGUUUUUGCCUUGCCCCCGGCCCCCUUUUUGCCUUGCCCCCGGCCCCUUUUGUCCUCCAUCUUACUGGCUAACGAUUAAUGAGGAACAAAGAAAGGUGGUCCUUGUGCUUUGCUCGGUUUCUUUCACUAGAGCAUUAGUGGUAGAUGCUUCAUUUUUUUCUUUUUGCGUCCCUUUUGUCAUUGCCCUGCUGCUGUUUGUUGUGCAUGUGCGAUUUGUUUUAAGCAGAUAAAAAGAAACUUACAAAUUAGUGGCUGCUUCUCUUUAUGCUGAGUGUGUUUAACCCCAGUUGCCAUUUAUGUCGUGAUCAGUUUUCAGUAAUGUGCAGUUUUGCCCCCCCCCCCCCCCGCAGAGUCCACAAGUGACUUGGAGCAUGUGAUGCUUGGCUCCUCUGUCAUGUGAUGAGUAUAUAUUUUUAAGAGGAAUGACCCCCCCCCCCCCCCAAAUAGUUCCGUUAAUGAGUAAUCUUACAUUUUGCUGUUGAUGAUGAUUAUAUAUAUAUUUUUUCAUUUCAGCCGUGCACUGUCAUGUAUACCAGUUAGUUUUAAUGUAAAUGCCGAUUUCUUUUUAUGGAUAAUUGCUGUCUGUGUUCUACAUGUUGUACUGAAAAGUAUCAUGAAAUCUCCCCCCUCCUCCUUCCUACUUCAACUCCACUUCCCACUUUAAAACCCAGUCUCCCGCCCCCCAGGCCUUACUAUCCUAUUCUCACUGUAGCCGUUCUAGAAAGUCGCCAUGGAACCACUCACUGCCUUAAAAACAGUUGACCACAGAAAGUGACCAGUAAAAAUAAACAAGCCAAAAAAAACGAGAAAAUCUUCCUAGUCCACAGUUGGCUGAAUUCUAUAAAGGUGUAUUAAGGUCACACUGAAAAGGAGAAAAAAAAGUUCAAUGAUGAGGAAAAGGUCGCAAAGUCGUAUUGUUGCGAGAUAAUAAUUUUAAGGGGAGAUUGCAAUUUACAAAAAACAACACUUUUUGACAUAUUUUUUAAAACUGUAAUUAUGAUCCGACAGUAGCGGGGUGUGUGCUCAGGGGUGCAUGACAAAUGAUUGGUACCUCAAGUGACACCUUAUGUCUUUGGUUGUUUUUCCUCAGGCGCAGUAGUUUCUUGCGAGUCAAAUUAGAGGCACAAGAUGGGGCCAGAGAUGGCAGAUUUAUUUAUUUUUUUUUCUCACAGAUUAUUAAAAUCAUGGACUACUGCAUGUCAUAUCAGUUUGAACAAAUACCACAAAAAAGAUUUUGAAAUUUUCAAACUUCCCUUUAACGGCUAAAUGUCAAAAACGUCAAAAGAACUUAAAUGAUACGUGAGGAUAUGAGACAAAAAAACUGAGUGUUUGUUAAUCAAAUGUCAAAAAAUAUUUGUUGAAACACCUGAUGGUUGUGCAAACACAAGAAGACAUCCAGGUUAGGGGGAGACAAAUAUUUGUCAACCACAUUAAACUGUUUGUACUGAUGAUGGUGUCGAUGUACCAAAAUGUUGACUUAUUGUGAAACUAAUUUAACAUUCUCAACAAUCCUCCUCUUAACGUAGUUAAGUUGAUAUUUAUACUUUUCCUAAAACUACCACUUUUUCCUCAAGUUACUUUAUUCUCGUAAUAUUUAAACUUCAUUCUCAUUGUACCUUUUUUUCCCCCCACCUGCGCUGUGUGGCUCUAAUACUCCUUUAGUGAAUUCUAGAUCACCUUUUCAGCAAUUGAACCUGGUGUUGAAAGUUUUUAUUUUUGGAUCAAAGACCUAAAACAGAUAAAUCCCUCCCCACCUCUAAAGUCAUGCCAGUAGUGUGUUUAUGUUCUGGCUAACAGAUAAGCACAUUGUGUGUGUGUGUGUGUGUGUGUGUGUGUGUGGUCACAAAGCUCCAGCUGAUAUUUCACUCUUGGGUGUUAGAAUGCAGCAUCACCACGAUUACCCUUGCUCCUACUAUUUCUGCUACAAUUCGGGGCUUUUGAAGGGCCCUUUACUCUGCUGCCAGACCCCCCCCCCCCCCCAAAGGGCUGGAGUGCUUGUGGUGCAGCAGACACUGGUGUCAUCUGACCCCCGACCCCCCCCCCCCCCCCCCCCCCCCCCCCCCCAAAAAAACAAAAAAAACAAUUGGUCACUUUUUCUCUCUCAGGGUUGAAAUGCACACAUAUCCUUUAGCAAUUGUCCUCCCUCUGAAUGUAGAACAGCCUCGUGUGUUUUUAGAAGCCUCUAACCUCUUCUCUUGUGCCACACCUCACUUUUCCUACUCUCUUGUUUUCCUUUUGGCACUGACAUCUAACCAUCUAACAAGGAGUGAAUGACUGCUUGAAAGUGACUGUGUGUGUUUGUGUUAUGUUAAGAUUGGGAAAUGUAUUUUUACAACGUGAACGUUUUUUUCCCUCCUCCCUCUCACCCUCAUUUGUGAACUGAUUUUUCACCAGACUGCAAAAACACAAAAAAGGAAAAAAAAAACUGUAACUAGGCUCUUAAGCUUUAUUUUUUUUUUUUGACUUUUUUUUUUUUAUUAGAAACAAUCAUGUUUGUGAUGGUAACUCCCAAUGGUAAACUCCACACCGUAUUUUAAAUAAAAGUUUAAAAAUUAAA